AUGGUGUUCAAGGUUCGUUUGCAUCACAUGGGAAGGUUUGAUAGGGGGCUACAAUAUGUUGGCGGAGAGGUUCACGUGGUAGUAGGGCUUGAUCCAGAUCGAUGGUCUUAUUUUGAAGCAGUGGAUAUUGUUAAAGAAUUUAAGUACGAUGGAGACUUUAAGCUAUGGUGGAAGGGGUCCAGGGAAAUCAUGAUGAAUAAUCUGAGAUUGUUGAGUGAUGACAGGGAAGCAAUGAACCUGUCUAAGUAUGCAGAGGGGACUGGGGACAUGGUAGAAAUGUAUGUUCAACAUGUCCCUAGUGAGGCAGUGGAAGUUUUGUUUCUUAGUGGUGGUGAAGAUACAGUUGAUGGAAACAUGGAGGGUGUGGCUGAGGAACAAGGUCAUCCUACUGAGGAACAUAAUGAUGUUGAAAUAGGUCACGAAGAGGAUGAAGUUGGUGAGGAAGAAGUACAAAUUGCUGAGGAAGAGGUACAAAUUGGUGAGGAAGAGGUUGGAGUUGAUGAGGAAGAGGUUGUAAUUGGUGAUGAUGAGGGUUCUGAUAGUGAGGAAGAGGUAGACAUUGAUGAGAGUGAAGAAGAAAGAAUGGAUAAUGAUGACGAUGGGUUCGGUGUUGAGGAUGAUGUUCGCAGAAACAUCAAUCCAGUUUUGGAAAGGUGGAAUUCAAUGAAAAGAAGAAAAAAAACGUGUGACUAG